CCUCAGCUUUCUUGUACCACUUCUCUCAAAAGGAGGAGGAAGAGGAGGAAGAGCAGGAGGAGGCUCUUCACAUCACUUGCAGUAGCUUCUCCAUCUCCCCAGUUUUUGCAUCAGUUUUGAAGCGGGAAUCAUGGCUGAGGAUUUGGAGACACCAUUGCUUGAUCCUGAUAAUUUCAAUCGAGAGGGGAUCGAUCUGGAGCGCAUACCAUUAGAUGAAGUUUUUGAACAACUUAGAACAUCACGAAGAGGACUUUCGUCUGAAGAUGCUGCAGUCCGACUGGAGAUUUUUGGCCAAAACAAGCUCGAGGAGAAGCCGGAGAACAAAUUUUUGAAAUUUUUAAGUUUUAUGUGGAAUCCGUUGUCAUGGGUUAUGGAAGCUGCAGCAAUAAUGGCAAUUGUCCUGGCUAAUGGCGGAGGGCAGGGUCCUGACUGGCAAGACUUUGUAGGGAUUGUUUGCCUACUGAUAAUUAAUUCAACAAUCAGUUUUAUAGAGGAAAAUAAUGCAGGAAAUGCUGCAGCAGCACUUAUGGCUCGUUUAGCUCCUAAAACAAAGGUUCUCAGAGAUGGGCAGUGGCAAGAGCAAGAUGCAGCUAUCUUGGUACCAGGAGAUAUAAUUAGCAUAAAGCUUGGGGAUAUCAUUCCUGCUGAUGCUCGCCUGCUUGAAGGAGACCCGCUAAAAAUUGACCAGUCAGCUCUUACUGGAGAAUCUCUACCUGUCAGUAAGAGGACAGGUGAUGAAGUAUUUGCUGGUUCAACAUGUAAGCAUGGAGAGAUUGAAGCUGUAGUGAUAGCAACCGGAGUUCACUCUUUUUUUGGAAAAGCAGCACAUUUAGUCGACAGCACCGAAGUUGUUGGUCAUUUCCAGCAGGUCCUUACAUCCAUAGGGAACUUCUGCAUUUGCUCUAUAGCUGUGGGAAUGAUUCUUGAAAUCAUUGUUAUGUUCCCUAUACAGAAACGUUCAUACAGGGAUGGAAUCAAUAACCUUCUUGUUCUUUUGAUCGGAGGAAUACCCAUAGCUAUGCCAACAGUAUUAUCUGUGACACUUGCUAUUGGUUCUCAUCGACUAUCUCAGCAGGGUGCCAUUACAAAAAGGAUGACAGCAAUUGAAGAGAUGGCCGGAAUGGAUGUCCUUUGCAGCGAUAAAACUGGAACUCUUACACUGAACCGCCUGACUGUUGAUCGGAACCUUAUCGAGGUUUUUAACAAAGAUAUGGACAAAGACACAAUUGUCUUGCUUGCAGCCAGAGCAUCAAGAUUGGAAAAUCAAGAUGCUAUUGAUGCUGCCAUCAUCAACAUGCUUGCUGAUCCAAAGGAGGCACGUGCAAACAUCACAGAAGUGCAUUUUCUUCCAUUCAAUCCAGUGGACAAACGUACUGCAAUUACAUACAUUGAUUCUGAUGGUAACUGGCAUCGUGCCAGCAAAGGAGCUCCUGAACAGAUUCUAAAUCUUUCCAAAGAGAAACAAGAGAUUGCUGGAAAAGUGCAUGCUAUCAUUGACAAAUUUGCUGAAAGGGGCUUGCGAUCUUUAGGAGUUGCUUAUCAGGCAGUUCCAGAAAGAACUAAGGAUGGUCCUGGAGGUCCUUGGACAUUUUGUGGGUUGUUACCAUUGUUUGAUCCUCCAAGACAUGACAGUGCUGAGACCAUCCGCAGAGCUCUUAACCUUGGAGUCUGUGUUAAGAUGAUUACAGGUGAUCAGUUGUCAAUUGCAAAGGAGACAGGCCGACGUCUUGGUAUGGGAACAAAUAUGUACCCCUCUUCCUCAUUGUUAGGCCGUGACAAGGAAGAACAUGAAGCUCUUCCAGUGGAUGAACUCAUUGAAAAGGCAGAUGGCUUUGCUGGUGUUUUUCCUGAACAUAAGUACGAAAUUGUGAAAAUUUUACAAGAAAAAAAGCAUGUGGUUGGAAUGACUGGAGAUGGUGUCAAUGAUGCACCUGCUUUAAAGAAAGCAGACAUUGGAAUAGCAGUGGCAGAUGCUACGGAUGCUGCAAGAAGCGCUUCUGAUAUAGUCUUAACUGAACCUGGCUUAAGUGUCAUAGUCAGUGCUGUAUUGACUAGCAGAGCCAUAUUCCAAAGAAUGAAGAAUUAUACAAUAUAUGCUGUCUCCAUAACCAUAAGGAUUGUGCUUGGUUUUGUGCUUCUAGCCUUGAUAUGGGAAUAUGACUUCCCACCUUUCAUGGUUCUGAUAGUAGCAAUACUGAAUGAUGGGACCAUCAUGACUAUAUCCCAGGAUCGGGUAAAGCCAUCUCCAAGGCCUGACAGUUGGAAGCUCAAUGAAAUAUUUGCAACUGGCGUCGUAAUUGGCACAUAUCUUGCUUUGAUUACUGUUUUAUUUUACUGGAUUAUAGUGGACACCACUUUCUUUGAGACUCUCUUCAACGUAAGAUCCUUAUCCAGCAACUCUGAGGAAGUUUCAUCAGCUGUAUAUUUGCAAGUUAGCAUCAUCAGCCAGGCUCUUAUAUUUGUUACCCGCAGUCAGGGGUGGUCGUUCCUAGAGAGGCCUGGAACUCUCUUGAUGUGUGCCUUUGUGGUGGCUCAACUGGUGGCUACCUUAAUUGCUGUCUAUGCAACUAUUAGCUUUGCUGAGAUCAGUGGCAUCGGAUGGGGAUGGGCUGGUGUUAUAUGGUUAUACAGUUUGAUCUUCUACAUACCACUGGAUGUUAUCAAGUUCAUAGUGCGCUAUGCAUUGAGUGGAGAUGCUUGGAAUCUCUUAUUUGAUAGGAAGACAGCUUUUACUUCUAAGAAAGAUUAUGGGAAGGAAGAUAGGGCGGCCAAGUGGAUACUUUCUCAGAGAAGUCUACAAGGAUUGAUGUCUGGAGAUUUGGAGACCAAUGGGAAGCGAUCUUCUUUGAUUGCUGAACAGGCCAGGCGGCGUGCUGAAAUAGCCAGGCUAGGGGAAUUACACACUCUGAGAGGACAUGUAGAGUCCGUAGUGAGGCUUAAAAAUCUGGACUUGAAUUUGAUCCAGGCGUCUCAUACAGUGUGAUAUAAAUAGUGUAUUUUUUAAUUCCCUAGUGAAGGCAAACCUGGCGGCUGUUGCUCACUUGAUUAAUGUUGAGUGUAAUCUGGAAAAGAAAACAGCAUUUUUCAUCUCGAUUCUUUGGGCUUUGGUGAUGCAUGCAGCGUUCUCAAUUCUUUGGGCUCCAAAAGGUCAGGAUUGCAUCUCGAUUGCAAUUUUUUUGUAGAGAAGAGGACAAUCUGUCUUGAGCUUUCAAUAUUCUUACUUUUAUUUGCAGAGAUUUUAUGUAAUAGUUAGACAACUCCCAGACAAAUAAAGUUACUUGCUAUAUUUUUUUUA